CACCAGCUACUGAACUCUUUAGGAGCUUCAGCCUGUGACUAGACUUCCAAUGGACUCACCGACGUUUAACCCAACCUGGAACAUGGAGUCUACUCAGGUGCCUGCUGAAGGAAAUUCAGCUGACGCUCAAGCUGUCUCAGAACUACUAGCAAAGAACCUUGGCGACUUGACUCUCAACCCUGACAUCAAACUGUCUCCACUGCCACCAGAAAGUUCACCCAAAAAGCAGGAGAGAGGAAAGAGCUUACAGGGCCUUGGCCUUGGGCUAAGGCCAGGGCCGGGUGAAGGCCUGCUCUUCGAAAAAGGGCAUGGAGUGAGGACAGUGGCGAGUGUUCGGAAAGAAAGGAUGCGAAGGGCCUUACAAGUGAUUAGAUUCCGCACCCUGUCUCUGCUUAAAAAAACCCCAGAGGAGAGGAAACUUGAGAUUGAAGCAAGAACCAGAAAAUUUAGAUGUUCCUGUGUUUACUGCGUACAUUAUGGAGAUGUUUCUGAUUAUAUGGAAAUGAAGAAUGGUUAUGACAUGGGUUUGGUUUAGCCACAAGCCUUAUUCUUGUAAUUUGGGCUUUUUGCCGGUAAUUUUAAGGUCAUUAUGUAGCAGCUUAGGAAAGUUACUCUAGGCUAGGAUAGACUAGACCAAUAUUUUGUUAGCCUACAAUAGAAGUUCUGUGAUGUCCUUUUCUUGUCCA